GCCUCUAGGUUACAGCGAUUCCUGUAGUUGCUAGGGAAGGCUGUGAUCACCGGGAAGGGCUACGGUGUCCGCAGGAAUUAUUGCCAGUCUCCCUGUUGCCUGACCAUCCCUACGCUUCGUGCUGUUUCUUUUCCGUGACUCCUAGGGCAGGAGCGGUCGUCGACGACUAGGAAAAUAGCAACGUGCAUGUAUGGCGUUGUUUCCUGAUUUCGCGGAUGGCUUCGACGAAGAGCUCGAUGUCGACGAUUCUGACAUUCUGUCCGCCCUGGGAAGGGGCCCGGAUGCAAGCAAGAGGCAGUCGGGGCAGAAUCAGACUGAAGGGAGCAAACUACCAGGAAACAGCAGUGCUCGGCUCGUCCGAUCGAACGCAGCUGCGGACACCAGUGGAAGAAAUGCUUUUCCAAACUUCACGCCUGCACAUCAACGUGCUGAUAUUCAAGACAGAGAUAGUAACGAGCUUCCAGGAGCCGCCGUCCCACCUCAGCCAAGUUCCGAGGAUUUUAACUUCGCCUCAGCAAGGAGGACUGACGAUGGCGCGGAUUGGACGAGGCCUGGGGCCCGAUCUCCGGCCAUUGCCACUGGCGAAUUCUCGCACGGCCGAGGACGGGGAGGGAAUGUCACCCCGUCUCAGCAUAAUGAUGCUGCAGGCCACAGUGUUGACGACGGGGUCAGUGGCUGGGCGAAUUUCAGCCUCGGAGAUUUCGACCUGGGCAUUGAUGGCUUGGCAGGGGGUGCUGAUCAAUUGCGAGGAGACCCAGACGGCGAACCUACUGAAGAUCGUGAUUUACCCUCUCAGCGUGCAGAUCAGACUCGCGGAUUGGGGGGUGACAGCGAGAGGUUCUCUGCGUUUGAACCAGGAGAAGAUAUGAGUUUCGGGCUGGACGAUUCCGGAGCACCCAGAGGGAACAAGAGGAGAAAAAAGGCGAAGGGUUUGGAGACCAGGGUAAAAAUUGAAGAUGUGGAUUUGAGUCCUGAAGAAAAUGCCUUUUUUGAGAAAGAUUCUCCUCCGUUGGAUGGGAGAGCUCGGGCGGAGAGCCUGAGGAUUCUUCCAGGCCCUAUUGGCAUCCUUCAGCGAAGACUAGCAGGGCUAUCAUGUGCUCCUGGUCAUGGUGCUGGUGGCAGUGGCGGCCCAUUUCCAGAUAACCAAUUCCUGCAUGGCCAGCCAGAAUUCACAGGAGACGAAGACUUCAGUAAAGGACCGUGGCUGUCAUGCCUUGAUGCGCUGGACAUACAUCCUUCUGCCUUUGGAAAACCAGGCGCUGGCUGUGAAACAAUAAGAAGCAUUCGCCAAGCAGGCAUAUCAAUGGUGGUGAUGCAGCUCGCAGCUGUGGUGGAACGCCUUUCACUGCAACCCCGCGGUGACGCAAACGUCGAAAUCAAGGACCCCACGGGUCGUCUGGAGGGCUCAUUGCACUGGAAGGUCAUGGCUGAUGCUGACAACAAGUCUCGGCUCAAGCGAGGAUCUGCCUUUCUGCUUCGAAAGGUUGUGGUGUUCAGCCCUCGCAAGGGACUGCAAUAUGUCAACAUAACUCUCGCCAAUGUUGUUCAAGUGUUCGCUCCGGACACACCGAUUCCCCCUGUGCCUGCAUAUCGGCCAUCGUCUUCUGACCUAUCAACCCCACACUUUGGCUCUGUCCGUUCUCCUCCUUUCGGCUCCACAACUUCCCCGCCUGCACAUACAGUCCAUUCUCCAGCAGUGAACCGCACACCGGCCUGCAUGAUGUCACAGCAAAACCCCACCACAAGCAGAGCCUCCCCACCAGAUGAUCCGCGUCCACAUGCUCACAUACCCCACUCUCCAAGUUCGUUUGGGCCGACCCGGGUGCCAGCAUCACCACAACCUGCAAGACAGGUCACACCGUCUGCUGCUCCAGCUCGCCCUGCUGCAGCUUCUGCAGCACAUGUUAAUGCUGCUUCCACUGCCGAUGGAAUGGCGAGUCCUCCGCCUGUUGCUGCCGAUGCUACUUAUUCCCGCUCCAAAUUUGAGGGUUUUUUAAAACCUGCUGUGCCCUCUAGAGUUCCAGCGGCCACAAUUGAACGGAGGGAGAAGGCGUGGGAUUUCACGUCAAUUGACGCAGAGGAUGCAGAGAUCUGCCUCACCCCCAUGGUGGCUGAUGCGGGUUUGGAGAGCCAUAGAGGAACAGCUCCCUAUCACGUUUCUGCUGCACUAGAAGGCGGUGACGGGAGGCCAUGUGAUGACCAAUUCCGUCAACUUCCAGUUCCAGAACGUCAGAGAUUUUUAUCAGCUGGCAAGAACGCUGGCAUCCAUGGUUCGUCGGCUCCUGUGGGGAGUGCUACUGGAGCUGAUGUCCGAGGCGAGCCUGAAAGAGAUGUGGAUAUUCGAGACAUGGAAGGCAUUGGAUGUGGUGUGGACCGCUCAAAGCGGAAUGAGGGGAGUGUUCUUGAGGAGCCUGUAGAUGUACUGAAGAAAGUUGGGUGGGAUGAUGAUGCCUUCGGAGCCUUCUUCGAUGAUGAUGAUGUUGAUGGUAUGUUUGCAGCAUUGGAUUGUAGCAAGGGUGAUACCUAAGUGUAAGAUUGUUCCACAAUUUACUGC